AUGGACAGUGCUGCUGCUUUUCUGGAUGUGUGGGGUUUAUUUGAUCCAAACGAUCAUGGCUACAUUGAGGGAAAGCAUGUGGAUGAGUUUUUCCAGUGCAUUGUGAAGAAAUUACGGGUGACAGACAAGCUGAUAGAGAACAGACUGCAGCGUAUCAGAGACGCGAGUGCAGAAGGACGUCUGCAAAUCCAUCAGGUGGCCAGUAUCAUCCUGCCGGAGGAGGAGAACUUCCUGCUGCUGUUCCGCAGGGAGACGCCGCUGGAUAACAGUGUGGAGUUCAUGAGGAUCUGGAGACGCUAUGAUGCUGACAGCAGUGGAUUCAUAUCAGCUGUGGAGCUGAAGAGUUUCCUUGAAGAUCUGUUUGCGCAGCACAACAGGAGCAUCACACCUGAGAAACUGGAGCUGUACACCAACACCAUCAUGAAGAUGUUUGACAAAAACCAAGAUGGCCACCUGGAUUUAAAUGAUCUGGCCAGAAUUCUGUCCUUAAAGGAGAACUUUCUGCUGAAGUUUGAGAUGGAUGCCUGCAGUCAAAAGGACCGAGCGAAAGAUUUUGAGAAAAUCUUUGCCCAUUAUGACGUGAGUAAAACAGGAGCCUUGGAAGGACCAGAGGUGGAUGGAUUCGUUAAAGACAUGAUGGAGCUGGUCAAGCCCAACCUGAGUGGCACAGACUUGGACAGGUUCAAACAGGCCCUGCUCAGCCACUGUGACGUCAACAGAGAUGGAAAGAUCCAGAAGAAUGAGCUGGCGCUGUGUCUGGGGCUGAAACUCGCUCCCUGAAGCACAGCACACAAAACGACUCCCACACACACGUACACACACAGGCUACCUGCUAAUGCUAACA